AUGUCUCUUCCUCAGGCUCUCCUAUUGCUGUAUCUUCUCUUACUUAACUCUGUCUCCUAUGCAGAUUUGAUCGAACCUGUGAUACUCCCUCUAUCUCAGGAAGCCCCUCUUUCACCCACAGAAGACCCCUUUUACCGUCCUCCUCCAAGAUCUGUUCCAAUCGACUUAGCUGGUACCUACCAGAUAUUGUACCGCUCGUCUGAUACAUUUGGAAAGCCUACGGCCACCGUUUCGACCAUUUUGAUACCUCAUAAUGCAAACAUGUCGAAACUUCUGUCUUACCAAGCGGUUGAAGAUGCGGCUUUCAUUAAUUGUGCUCCUUCGUAUGCCCUCCAACUCAACUCCGACCCAGGUGGCGAGUUUGGAACGAUUGUAAUACAAAGCGAGUUGCUUCUCAUCACAGCGGCCCUCGAGAAUGGAUGGGUUGUCACUAUUCCUGACUAUGAGGGGCCCGAGGCUGCUUUCUUAGCUCACUGGCGUGCCGGUUACGCUACACUAGACGGAAUCAGAGCUACUCUUGCAUCUUCGGGAUUUACUGGCGUGGAUCCAAACGCAGCAAUAGGCCUAUGGGGAACAUCUGGAGGGAGCGUUGCCAGUGGCUUUGCUGCUGAUUUACAUCCAUCAUACGCACCAGAGCUGAAUAUUGUUGGGGUAGCGCUAGGUGGCAUCGUUCCGAGUAUUACCACAGCUCUACAGAGUCUGAAUGAAGGGUUUGAUGCUGGGAUAAUUGUCUCUGGUGUUCUCGGCCUUUCGCAGGAAUAUAAAUAUAUGCAGCCUAUUCUCAAGUCAUACCUUGUGCCGCAUUUACGAGAUAAAUUCUUGAAUGCCGGGAAAAAAUGUUCGGGAGCAGUCUCCCUGGAUUUUAGACGGGAGGAUAUAUUCGGUUAUUUUAGAGGAGGGAAAGAGUCAGGCUUAUUCGCCGACCCAAGGGUAAAGAUGAUUCUUGACCAUAACGCCCUACCUCAAGGAAUACCCAAAGCGCCUGUUCUGAUUCUCAAAUCGGUCAACGAUGAGAUAAGCCCAAUAGCCGACACAGACGCCCUGGUGGAAAAAUAUUGUUCUGCUGGAGCUACAAUCGACUACAAAAGGGAUAUGUUAUCUAUACACACCGUCUUGGCUGUUACCGGCGCCCCAGAGGCGAUUAUGUGGCUAAGAGACCGUCUGGACGGGAUUACCCUGGAGAAAGAGUGUAAAACUUCCACCAUCUUAAUGACACUGCUUCAGCCGGGUGCUCUGCAAGUGAUGUCUAAGGCUAUCAUUGAUAACCUGCUGGACCUCCUGGGGAAGCCUGUGGGGCCGAGGAUGAGUACUGAGAUUGCUCUUGUUCCACCUCUCUGA